AUGAGCGACGCGGACUCGCUGUCGUGCUCCCUAACCCUGGAGAGCGACGAGUACGACGAGGAGGAGUACGACACGAACCUGAGCAAGCUGCUGGAGAACAAGACCCUGAACUGGAUCUUCGUGGGGGGCAAGGGAGGGGUAGGAAAAACCACCACGUCCUGCUCCAUAGCGGUACAGCUAGCCAAAAGAAGGGAGUCCGUCCUACUCCUCUCCACAGACCCAGCACACAACACAAGUGACGCCUUCAACCAAAAGUUCACCAAUCAGCCAACCCUCAUUAACUCCUUCGAUAAUUUAUACUGCAUGGAAAUAGACACCACCUAUUCAGAAAACACAGCAUUCAAAUUAAACAAAACAGAAUUCUUUGAUAAUAUCAUUCCAGAGCUGCUGCAAAGCUUCCCCGGAAUUGAUGAAGCAUUAUGUUUUGCAGAGUUAAUGCAAUCGAUAAAGAAUAUGAAGUACUCAGUUAUUGUCUUCGACACUGCCCCGACGGGACAUACCCUACGACUGUUGGCCUUCCCAGAGUUGUUGAAGAAGGCAUUAGGCUAUCUAAUCAACUUGAGGGAAAAACUGAAGGGGACUUUAAAUAUGCUGAAAAGUUUCACAAAUAAUGAAAUGGAAUUGGAAGGAAUUUAUGAAAAAAUUAAUCACCUGAAUGCCAUGUCAAUUAGCAUUCAAUCAAAUUUCCAAAAUCCUUUAAAGACCACCUUUGUAUGUGUCUGCAUCCCGGAGUUCUUAAGUGUAUAUGAAACGGAACGUCUAAUACAGGAGCUGACGAAGAAGAAUAUCUCCUGCUACAACAUAGUGGUGAAUCAGGUCGUGUUUCCUCUAGACUCCAUGACGGUAGAUGUAGCCCAUUGCGAAGGUCUACUGAAACAGAUUAAGGACAAACAGGUUCAAGAAUCCUUUAGUAGCCUUGUGCAGAAAACCAAGGAACUGGAAGAUGUGUACAUAUCGAGGAGGAAGCUGCAGUCAAAGUACCUCACCCAGAUCAAAAAUCUCUACGGAAACGACUUUCACAUCGUCUGCAUGCCCCAGCUGAAGAGCGAAAUUCGGGGACUGCAGAACAUCUCCAACUUUUCCGAAAUGCUCUUGGAGUCGAAGGAGAUUCCCAUAUACCGUUGA